AUAUGAUCCUUGUAUAUUGUGUCGAUGACUUUUGAAAAUGAUUGGAUUAUUUGUUAAGACUAUUCCGAUAUAUCAGAUAUCAAAUAUUUCGUAAACAUUGUUGAUCAAUCAAUAAUUUGUUGACAGAUGAAAGAUGUUUAAACUGAUCACCAGAUGGUGAAUUAUAUCUAAAUUUUUUUUUCACGAAAAAAAAUGAAAUUCGGUUCACGUCGUAUUAGUUUGAUUAUAGCUUUUAGUACCGGUUUUAUCCUUUGCUUUAUUCUUAUCAAUAUUAUUUUUGGAUCGAUAAAUAAAUCGGCGAAAUUAAUUGAUAAUCAUUCAGAUCAGAUAAUUGUUAAUCAGUUUUUAAAUAAUUUUGAUCAUCAUUUUCUUAUUUGUAUUGUGUUCACAUCGGUCAAAAAUCUUGCCCGUCGUAAUUGUAUACGUGAUACAUGGUUAAAUUUGGGCAAUAAUCUUCAAUUCAAACAUUAUUUCGUUAUCGGUACGAAUGAUUUAUCAUCGGAAGCAAAAAUUUCUCUCAUAAACGAACAACAACAACAUAAUGAUCUUAUGUUAUUAACAAAUCUUAGUGAUACUUAUCAGAAUUUAUCAUUAAAAUUAAUUCAAUCAUUUCAAUGGAUUUCUAAUCAUCAUCAAAAUAAAUUCGAAUAUCUUAUCAAAGUUGAUGAUGAUUCAUUUGCACGUAUCGAUACUAUUUAUAAAUAUUUGGAACAAAGAAAUCUUAACAAAUUGAAUAAAUUACCAUUUUAUUGGGGUUUUUUUGAUGGCCGUGCUCAUGUUAAACAAAAAGGUGUUUGGAAAGAGAAAAAUUGGUUUUUAUGUGAUCGAUAUUUGCCUUAUGCAUUAGGUGGUGGUUAUAUACUAUCAUAUCAAUUAAUUGAAUUUGUUGCUAAUAAUUCACAUUGGUUACAAUUAUAUCAAAGUGAAGAUGUAUCACUUGGAACAUGGUUAUCACCAUUACAUAUUGAACGUUUACAUGAUAAUAAUUUUGAUACAGAAUAUAAAUCACGUGGUUGUAUUAAUACAUUUUUUGUUCAACAUAAACAAACUGUUGCUGAUAUGAAAAAUAAAUACAAUUCAUUAAUAAAUUUUGGUCAUUUAUGUAAAAAACAAAUUGAACAACGAUUUACAUAUGAAUAUAAUUGGCAUGAACUUCCUUCUAGAUGUUGUAUAAGAAAUAAAACAAUGCUGUGAUUUUUUUUUUUCGUUGAAUUUUAUUUUAAUCUGUUUAAACUAAUGAAUAAUAACAAUAAAAAU